GAGGAAUUCCAUUUUAAUGCUUCUGUCUCUAGAGAGAGAGAGAGAGAGAGAGAGAGAUAUGGAAGAUGAAAGGAACAAACCAAUGCCUGAAGAAUUUCCUAUGAAUGGGGGAGAUGGCCCUUACAGCUACGCAAAGAACUCAACCUACCAGAGGCGAAUAACAAACAUCUCCAAAGCAAGGAUAGAUGAUGCAAUUGCUAAGAAGCUCGACAUAAAAUCCCCUUCUUUUACCAAAUCCACAGCGUUGUGCAUAGCUGAUUUGGGGUGUUCAGUCGGACCCAAUACAUUCAUUGCCAUGCAAAACAUUGUUGAAGCAAUAAAGCUCAAGUAUGGAUCAGAAGGCCUAAGCUCUCAAAUCCCAGACUUUCAAGUUUUCUUCCAAGACCAUGUCUCAAAUGAUUUCAACACUCUAUUUGCCUCUCUUCCUCCUGAUAGGCCAUACUUUGCCACAGGUGUGCCUGGUUCUUUCCAUGGCCGCUUAUUCCCCAAGGCCUCUCUCCAUCUAGUACACUCAUCAAUUGCACUUCACUGGCUCUCUAUGGUGCCCAAAGAAGUGUUAGACAAGGACUCUCCUGCAUGGAACAAAGGGAAGAUCCAUUAUGGAAGCCCAAAAAAGGAAGUAGUUCAGGCUUAUUCAGUUCAAUUUGCCAAGGACAUAGAUUCCUUCUUGUUGGCUAGAGCAGAAGAGAUUGUCCCUGGAGGGCUGAUGGUACUUAAAAUCCAAGGUCUCCCAAAUGGGAUUCCCUAUUCCCAAACAGGUUCUGUUGUACUUAUGGAUCUUCUGGGAUCAAGCCUCAUGGAUAUGGCCAAGAUGGGGUUAGUCAGUGAAGCUAAGGUGGAUUCCUUCAAUAUACCCCUAUACAACCCACAUUUCCUAGAAAUGGAGGGAUUGUUGACGAGAAAUGACUAUUUUAGCCUUGAAGGAAUGGAGUUAGUUACUCUAGAUCUCUUGACAGAAGAUGUUGAGCCAAGUGCAGAAAUGACAGCAAUGCACGUUAGAGCUGGAGCUGAAGGGAUGAUCAAGGAACACUUUGGAAUUGAUAUCAUAGAUGAGCUGUUUGACAGGCUCACCAAGAAAAUUGCGGAAGACAUCUUAUUCAUGAAUGAAGGCUACAAGAACUUGUUGACACAAUUUUUUGUCAUUCUCAAGCGCAAAGAAUGAUUGAUUAGACACAUAAUGUUCCUACCAAAAUAAAUAAAUAAAUAAACACAUAUUGUGAAAGUUUUCUAUUGUUCACAUAUCAAA